CACCUCAUGCGGACUCGAUCUGGAAUCCUUUCUGCUGUUAUCUCCACACAGACACUCCAACAUUACCUAUUUCUCAUUCUCUCUUUGUUUUCGCUCAUCUCUUUCGUUUCUUCUGCCUAUCGAUCACCCAUGAACAUCCCUCUCUCUUGACAAAAUCUCACUUCCCAAAUCGCCUCGCCAUGCUCUCCCGGAAAUUAUCCGCCUCGCCGUCGUCCCCGGUUGUUUCUGACCCAUACCCACCUCCUCUUUCUCAGAAUCAGCCGCAUCCCUCUUCCAAGUACCACAAAAGCCACCAUCUUUUGCCUCCGCUUGUCGCUUCCGCCGCCUCUGUGUGCUCCUUCUUCCUUCUCUUUUUCCUCUGUUUUCGCAGACUCGCGAGAAAACGCACAACCCCUUCUUCUGAUUCUGAGUCUAAGCCUCCUUAUCGUUUCUCGUAUUCCCUCCUCCGCCGUGCCACGUCAUCCUUCUCCACCCGCCUCGGCCAAGGCGGCUUCGGCCCCGUCUACUCCGGUACUCUGCCUCCGACCCGACAACCCAUCGCCGUCAAGCUCAUGGACUCUGCUUCUCUCCAGGGUGAGCGCGAGUUUCACAACGAGCUUUUCUUCGCCUCUAGGCUUCACUCUCAGCACGUGGUUUCCGCCAUCGGCUUUUCCUCUGACAGAAAUCGACGGAGGUUUUUGCUUGUCUAUGAGUUGAUGCAUAAUGGGAAUCUCCAAGACGCGCUCUUGCACCGCAAGUGCCCUGAGCUGUUGGAUUGGAAGAAGCGGUUUUCCGUCAUCGUCGACAUAGCCAAAGGGAUUCAGUAUCUUCACUCUUGCGACCCACCCGUGAUUCACGGCGAUAUAAAGCCCAGUAAUAUUCUCUUAGACCGUUCUUUAACUGCAAAAAUUGGGGAUUUCGGACUUGCACGGUUGAAAUCGGAACCCCAGAUUGAAAAUGGGAUUCUGAACUUAGACGGUAUUGAAAAGAAGAAUGGUGGAUUGGAGUUAGAAGAGGAGAAGAAGGGUAAGGAAGAAGAAUUAGAGAGUAAUGGUGGGUCAUUGAUUGAAGAAACACAGAGCGUCAAUACCGUUGACGAAGAUAGCUUAGCUGCGGAUCAAUCUCCGGAGGGUUUUGUCAGGAUACCCAUAUCUUGCGAUCCAACCGUGAUUCACGGCGAUAUAAAGCCCAGUUCUUUAACGGCGAAAAUUGGCGAUUUCGGGCUUGCACGGUUGAAAUCGGAACCCCAGAUUGAAAUUGGGAUUUUGAACUUAGAUGGUAUUGAAAAGAAGAAUGAUGGGUUGGAGUUAGAAGACGAGAAGGGUAAAGAAGAAGAAUUAGAGAGUAAUGGUGGGUCAUUGAUUGAAGAUACACAGAGCGUCAAUACCGUUGACGAAGGUAGCGUAGCUGCGGAUCAAUCUCCGGAGGGUUUUGUCAGGAUACCCAUAUCGGAGCCGUCCCCGCCUCCAAUGGAGGUGGCGACGGGAGCGUCACCUUCGGAGGCGAAUUUCGACAAAGUAAGCGUUCAGAGCGAGAUAAACAUUUCCUUGAGUUCUAAGAAAAGCGGAAAAGUCUUAAAGAGCAAUUCCAUGAAGGAUUGGUGGUGGAAACAAGACGUGGAAGAAGCAGCCUCCCCCAUGGGUGAGCAUAAGAAAGUGAAGGAUUAUGUAAUGGAGUGGCUUGGAAGAGAAAUAAGCAAAGAAAGACCCAAGAGCGAAUGGGUUGCGGCAGAGGUGGCAGCAGCAGCUACCUCCAGUAGUGGAGCAACAAUGGAGAAAACAGAGAAAAAGAAGAGCAAGAGGCGCUUGGAAUGGUGGAGAUCAAUGGACAAGGAAGCCAUUAAUCCUAAAGCUCUGAAGAAGGAGAAGAGAAGACCAGCGAGAGAAUGGUGGAAAGAAGAGUACUGUGAAGAGCUUGCAAAGAAAAAGAAGAAGAAGAAGAAGAAACAGCAGCAAAAGAGAAAUGGAAUAAACAGUGACGAUGAUUGGUGGGUAAGAGACGCCGAAGAUUUAUAUGGAGAAAGGAAAAAGGCCAAAACCCGUAAAAACAGUCGUGGUAAUUUAGAUUCAUGGUUAGAUGGAUUCAGCGGUGAGUUAUUCAGAGCUCGAAGAAACAGCCAUGAUUCUGCAGCAAGCUGGGAAAUUCCCAAGAAUGGUGGUGUUAGUAGUACCCCAAGCAUGAGAGGAACAGUUUGUUAUGUUGCUCCUGAAUAUGGUUUUGGUGAAGAUUUAUCUGAGAAGUGUGAUAUAUAUAGUUUUGGGGUUCUAUUACUUGUUAUAGUUUCUGGACGACGUCCACUCCAAGUGACUGGUUCGCCAUUAUCGGAGUUUCAUAAAGCAAAUCUACUAUCAUGGGCACGCCAUUGUGCACGCAAUGGGAAGCUACUUGAUCUGGUUGAUCCGUCUAUUAAGUCAUUAGAUAAGGAUCAAGCUCUUCUCUGCAUCACUAUUGCUCUUCUUUGUUUGCUCAAGACACCUUCUCGUCGUCCUUCAAUGAAAGAGGUUGUGGGAAUGCUUAAUGGUGAACUUGAGCCACCACAGUUACCAGUUGAGUUUUCACCAUCGACCCCGUCUCGCUUCCGAUCCCAGGCUCGCAGAAAGGGUCCCUAAGUUUAUUCCUAUUCUUUCACUUUUCUGGUAUAUACUGCUGAUCUUAGCUUGCCGUUGACUGUUAUAUCUGUAUAAAGAAGAUGAAUUUAGGGAUGAAAAGCUACAUUCUUACUGCUUUGCUUCGCACUUUCUUCUCCUUUUUGGGUUUUGGUUUGAUACGUUAUGGCCUACCAUUCGGAGAUUGAUGUGUGUUCUCACUCACUCCCACGCCAAUGGACAGAAUCAUAAUGCUGACCCACUUGGAAAUUUCUUAACCCACAUAGACUUUUUGGGGCAUGCCUUGAGUGAUUUCUAUGCUUGAUGAGAAAUUAUGGCCCUUGCUUUUUGUGGUAGUGUGUCAUUGUAAUUGUCAUCUUCUUACUUUCAGAAAAUGAAUUUGCAGCUUACCUUCA